CCGUAAAGGUUCGAAAGGGUGAGUGAAAAUCUUGAACUCAUUUGCAUUUGUUUGGGUGAAAUGUAUAUAAACUGGGAUUCACUCUUUAUGCAUCAGUUGCACCUCGAUCACGAAAGCCAUAAGAGGACAGAUCGCAACAGGACUUGCAAAGAAAGAAAGUAGCAGGGCUCAGGUAGUGGUGGUCAAAUUUUAGCCGCCCUAGAGUGAAUAACGAAAGCAUGGCACAUUCGUUAUCGCAUCAACAGGAGUAUAAUCCAAACCCUGUAUCUCAAGCUGAUGAAAAAUAUUUAUCAGCCAAUGCAGAGAUUUUCAAGAGUAUAAAUGCAUUGCUAGGAAACUCCCUCGAUCUGAACAGUCUUGCGGGACUGACAUUGCCACAGCAGCAAGAACAGAUAAGAGACCCAUCCUAUAUGGCUGCCAUGCCUGCCAUGUCCACUGCAGAGCUCUUAUUUUCAGGGUAUGGUUUUCCAGCUCCACAGUCUCCAAACACCUUCUCAUAUUCAGGAUUUCACCCAUUUCCACCUGUCUCCAAUGUGAACCUUCCCAUGUUAAAUCGCCAUCAUGGUGGCUAUGGCGGACUGCUAGACUACUCCAAAAGCCAGGACCAUGGGGUUCACGUGCCAGGGGCAAUAUCAAAUAGAACGCUGGAAUGCCUGACUAACUCACCACAGAGAAUGCUCAGGGCCAUCACUGCAGAGAGGAGGGGAUCUUCUUUGUCUAGUGAUUACAGUGGUCUGAAUUCUCCGAUGUUGAAUUAUGGCAAUACAUCCCGCUGCUCUCUGACACGUUCCCCGUCACCAUUUAGUGACUCUGACACUUCAGGACUUGGCAGUGAUGGAAGUGCAACAGAUCCUCUCACUGAACUCAUGAAUUCCCUCCACAUUGGUGGCCCCCCAGCUGCAGGGCCCAUGUCGCCCUCCCCUCCUCCCCAGCAGCCUCAGCAAGUGGACCUCACGCGCCUGCUCCAAGGUGGAGACUUUAUGCGCUCGCCGCCAUGUCCUCCUAAUUCUAGAGAGGAAAGUCCUGGACCACAGUCUACUGAUCUGCUGUCUGAUAAAAGAUGGCAGUCUGUGAACUCCCUGUUUUCCACAAACAGUUCAGAUCCUUAUUCUAUUGAGAAGGCAGCAAGGUUAUACAGGAAUGCUGCUUCUCUCUAUGAAGCCACCUGUACAUGGAGCGGUCAGUUACCCCCAAAGGUGUACAAAAACCCAAGCUACUCGUGCAAGGUUUUCCUAGGAGGGGUUCCUUGGGACAUCACUGAAACUGGUCUCCAGUCAGCCUUCAAACCAUUCGGUCCUAUACGCAUAGAGUGGCCAGGGAAGGAUGGUAAGCAUCCACGCUCCUCUGGCAGAGGGACAUGGCUUAAAGGAUAUGUGUAUAUCUUGUUUGAGAAUGAGAAGGCAGUCAAGGCUCUUUUGCAGUCCUGCACUCAUGAUUAUUCUAAUGGAGGCGAGUACUACUUCAAGAUCUCGAGCCGCAGAAUGAGGAGUAAAGAGGUGCAGGUUAUUCCCUGGGUUCUCAGUGACAGCAACUAUGUACGCCAACCCUCCCAGCGCCUGGACCCAAAUAAAACAGUGUUUGUUGGAGCUCUCCAUGGGAUGUUGAAUGCAGAGGCACUGGCGGCAAUUAUGAAUGACCUGUUUGGAAAUGUGGUGUAUGCUGGGAUAGACACAGACAAAUACAAGUAUCCCAUUGGGUCUGGUCGAGUGACCUUCAGUGUCCACAAAAGUUACAUGAAGGCUGUGCAGGCAGCUUUUGUAGAAAUCAAGACCCCUAAGUUUACAAAAAAGGUUCAGAUUGAUCCUUACUUAGAAGAUUCUAUGUGCAGCACGUGUAACAUUCAGCAGGGGCCAUACUUCUGUCGUGACCUGCAGUGUUUCCGCUACUACUGCCGUUCCUGUUGGCAAUGGCAGCAUUCCCUGGACACAUUGAAGAACCACAAACCUCUGAUGAGAAACAGCAAGGGCACAUCUGUGGCUGCUGGGACUUGCACAUGAACGUACCAGGAGAGCAGUUAUAAAUCCACUCCUAAGAUGUCAAAUUGGAAGAGUUGUUUCCCUGUCUUUGUUCAGUUGGGAAAUGUGCAACAAGUGGACACCAAUACUGGAGGAUGAGGACACAAGAACCUCUUAUACCUUGAGAAAUGGAGAACUUGAAGAAACAAGUAUUUGAUGUAAAGAUAUUAUGGUUCUUACUCCAACGAGUGGAAAAUCCUCAUUUUCUUUUUCAUGAUUUUUAUUGUUGAGGGAGGCUACACUUCACCAAACUUUGGACCACAUUUGUGUGGCUACUAAAUAUGUUUUGUUGAUUUUUACAGUUUUAUUUAAAAUUUAUAUACCAUUUACACACAGUCACAGAGUAUUAUAUGUAUAACACGCACUGAGUUGAGCAUAAGACUCCAUUUGGAGUUGUUUCAUUCCGGUUCUGUUGUGAAAGUUACUAGAAGGUAGAUUAUUAUUGGAUAUACUUAAUGUUAGUUUGGUUUUAGGAAUUUGUAACUUUUUAUCAUUAUUAACUUGCACUAUAAGUAUUAAUCAAGUUUAUAAUUAGAAUAAUGAUUGGUUUAUUCUUUUGAUUGAUUUAAAUUGAUCAGUAGUUGGAAUGGUGGAUAAUUGAUGAUGGAUUUAACCAAGUAAAAAGAUUUUACUAUUUUGGAAGUGCAUUUUACAGCAAAUUGUUGAAUUGAGAGAAGCCCCAUGUUUUAUCUUAAUAUGUUGAAUUCUCAAAUUUUACCAUUUCUUCAAGAUCUUAAUAUACUUGUUCUCUUUUAUCCUAUUCUUCAUUCAACAAUGCAGUUCUGAAAGUUCUAUUUCUUUUCAAUCAGUCUGUCUUUUUAUAUAAUGUCAAAAUUCUAUUGAUUAUUUAAAUUAUUGAAGCUAGUAAGUGGAAACUCUAGUUUACUUGUGCAUAGGAUUUUACACUUGUUCUUUCUCUCCAGGGGCAAUUUAGUUGAUGAGUAUAUAUGAUGCACAAGUUAAAUAAGUCUGGUUAUUAUUAUUUUUAAAAGAAAAGUGAAUAUUGUAGAAUGAUGUUCUUACAGAAAAGAGAUGUGAUCAAGAAAUUGUUUUUAUAUUUGAUCAGGAAUUUUAGAUAAUGAUUAACAUUUAGUGGAACAUCAGUUUAAGAUGGCAAUUGAUGGUGAUAUGGUCGGUAGUAUAAUAAAUGGUUGCUUACCUAAUCGGAUGGAUCAUGACGGAUAAACUAACCUUGCAAUGUCCCUCGGUAAAUGAACUUGAACCUUACAGUUUGUGAGGAGCUAUUUUUCUGCACUCAUUUAU